CUCGUGGAAGUUCAUUGACCUCUGGCUGUGCUUUUGCCUCCCUGGCUCCGCUGGCUCUCCCCCGGGGGAUGUCUGCUCUGUCUCUGCUGCUCUCCAUGCAGUCCUGCCCUGAUGUUGCAAGCCCAUUCCUGGCUGCUGUCUCUUCCUGAUACCCAGGUGCCUGUCUCUCUGCCCAAGAGCACAGGCUUUGCUUGCUCUGCCUUCCAGCAAGACGUGUGUGCGCUAAGCAAGGUGGAGAGGCUCACUGGCUCAGGAGCGCAGGCUCGAAAACGACUGGAUGACAGCAAACCAUCUUGCCUCUUGCCCUCACCCUCCAGCCUCUCAGGGACUCCUGACCCUGGUCUGCGUACCCCGAUAUCCUCCGGGAAUCUAGGCUCCCCAUCCCAGGGGCCUGUUGCACAGUUCUCUCAGGAGGCAUCUGCAAGGGUGACCACCCUGUCUCCAGCCGUGGAUUCUUCACCAGGUCCAGGGGUUCAACAACUGCCAAAGGGGGAGCCAGAAACUGAUCUCAGCCCCGAGCUUCCUGCUGCCCACCUCAUAGGCGCUUGGAUGAGCGGGCAAAGGCUCGGUUGGGAGGCGAGCCAAGAAGAAGCGUUUCUGAGGAGCGGUGUGCAGUUCUCCGGCACCGACGGGCUGGCGCUGCCGCGGGACGGCGUCUAUUACCUCUACUGCCACGUCGGGUACCGGGGCAGGGCGCCCCCUGCCGGCCGAGGCCGCGCGCGCUCGCUCACUCUGCGCAGCGCCCUGUACCGCGCCGGGGGCGCCUACGGGCGGGGCUCCCCCGAGCUGCUGCUGGAGGGCGCAGAGACCGUGACCCCUGCUGUGGACCCCGUCGGGUACCGGUCUUUGUGGUACACGAGCGUGGGGUUCGGCGGCCUGGUGCAGAUCCGGAGCGGCGAGAGGGUGUACGUCAACAUCAGUCACCCGGACAUGGUGGACUCCAGGAGAGGGAAGACCUUCUUCGGGGCGGUGAUGGUGGGUUGACAGCCGUCUGCACCCCUGGAGAAUCGACUGACGGUGCGAAUGUGUGCAUCAUGAUGUCCGGAGCGUCGGGGAGCCUGGGACGUCAUGAUCGGGGUGGGGUAGGGGGAACUGUAGGACAUGAAUUUUGAAAAUAAAGAAUGUAAACUGUGCUGGCUUGUGCCAGCGCCAUCACGAA